GUAGUGAAGGCUGCUCUUUAUCCUGCAUUGUAAAGUAAAACUUGUCUUUUUAGAAACGUAUACUGAAAAUUGGUGCAUCUCCUGUGCUUCUUUAGGGUGUAUUAGGAAACUGGGCCGGCCACUGUCAGGAUUGUCCUGUCGGUAGGUCGGGAGGGAAAGAAACGUGAGCGAAACUUAUCCUCCCAAAUAUUUUCCUGCCGAGGUGCUUUUCGAGCUGCCUCUUAGGUGACUGCUUUUCUUUUCUGAAACAAAGUAAAAACUACAGGUAGAAAUCAAGAAAGUCUCUCAGACUUCUGGCCAGGCAACCUUUUUAACGUUUUUCUGUAUGCGAACUGGUACGAAUGAAAGACUGGAAUUUGAAAAAAAAGGUUUUGAUGUGGAUUCAUGGCUACAGAAUAUCCAGGCAGCUAGGGAGCAUAAAAGCUGCUUUCCAAAUUUAGAUGGCAAUUUUAGAUGUGAUGCAGGAUGUCAACUAUUCUCAAGUGUGCUAAAGUCCAAUUCUGCUGACCGAGCAUCUACACAAAUGACCAGGCAGUCUCUUCAGAGUCAUCUUUAUGAAGUGUAAAAAGUGGAUGGUGGCUCACAUGUCAAAGGAUGGCACGGUCACGCUCUAGAUCCCCCAGGUGGAGGCACAGGUCUUUAUCACCAGUACCUAGAAAUUCUGAACACUACAAGCAAAGACCUGAGCAUUAUGGCUAUGAAUAUCGGAAGGAUCCAAAAAGACCCGUCACUUGGAGAAUGGACAAUGAGAAACAUGGACAGAGUAAACCAAGGAUUCCUUCUCGUGAAACUCUACAUUACCGAUCUUAUGAACAUAGAUCGUCUUCCCCAAACAUAAGAAGAAACUCUUUAGAAAAUUUUUAUACUUAUAAGCCUCCCCAAGUGUAUUUACCAGGAAGAGGGGAUGAUAGUAACAGAAGAUCUCAGUAUAUGCCCAAAUACUCAGAAGGUGUACUCUACAAGGAGCACCAGAGGAAUUGUUAUCCCCAGAAAGUGCAAGGAAGGUAUUUUCCUGAUGACCACAGAGUUAGAGGAAGUGGAAAAGGAGGGAAACCACCUCUGAGGUCAAUAGCAGAUUCUUUUAGAUUCGAAGGACAGUGGCAUGAAGAUGAAUUGAGGCACCAGAGGAUACAAGACGAAAAAUAUUCUCAGUCACUUAGAAGAGGCUCUGAAGAUUUUGAGAAAAGGAGCUCUUUUCAGACGAGGUAUCCUGAGGAUCGUGAUUUCAGAAAAUAUGGACACACAUCAAAAAGACCUCAAGACGUGGAGAGGUAUGAAAACAGAGAGCCUGCCAGGAGCCCGCAGUGGAAGUCCAGGCAUUUUCUCCCUUCUUACCAAGAGAAGAAAGAUCAGUGGAACCUCGGACCCCAGACUCUUCGAUAUGCUCCGAGGGAAUUCCCAGAGACCAGUUCAGCAGCCAAGGUAUCCUGUGACUAUCGCCACAAACAUCGUAAGACCUCAGAUGGGGACCAGGACUUUUAUGAUGGAAGAAUUCAGAAGUACUCUAAGGAGGAAGAUAGAAAAUUCGGUUCUCAAAAAGGCCCUGUAAAUAGAGAGUCCGAUUGCUUUAAUGCUGGAAGAGGGAGAGAGGCUGAAGGUGGGCAAGUCAAAGAGCCUUUUAAGCCAUCUAAGAAAGACUGCACUGCCUGCGCUCAUUCAAAUAAAAGCGACGUUGGUUUGAGACCCUGUAAUGACAAACGGAAGGACAGAAUAAAGAAAGAAGGGGCUGGCAGAAAAGAGAGCAACUCUUCCCAUAACCGACUUGAUAAGAGUAAAAAACUUUCUGACUCGAAACCUUCAUCUGCCGUUCUUAGGAAGAAAUCACUCACAGUUAAAGUAGAUGUGAAGAAAACAUCCAGGGUUGCUUCUAGCUAUUCCACAGAGAGACAGAUGUCACAUGAUUUGGUUGCUGUUGGCAGGAAAAGUGAAAACUUUCAUCCACUGUUUGAACAUCUUGACUCAACUCAGAAUACUGAAAACAAACCUACAGGAGAAUUUGCUCAGGAAAUCAUAACUAUAAUCCAUCAAGUUAAAGCAGAUAAUUUUCCAUCACUUGGAAUUACUCUACAUGAGCGUUUCUCAAAAAUGCAAGUUACACAAGCUGCAGAUGUAAAUGAAUUUAAAUUGAACUCAGAUCCAGAAAUUCACAGGAGAAUAGAUAUGUCUUUGGCCGAGCUUCAGAGUAAACAAACUAUGGUAUAUGAUUCAGAACAGACUCUGGUCAAAAUAAUAGAUCCAAAUGACCUACGACAUGACAUUGAAAGAAGGAGAAAAGAGCGGUUACAGAAUGAAGAUGAGCACAUUUUUCACAUAGCUAGUGCUGCAGAGAGGAGCGAUCAGCAUUCCAGUUUUUCAAGGUUGAAGAAUACUCAUGUUGAUGGAUUCCAAAAACCUACAUGUUUGGUAAAAUCAAAUUUUAGAAAAUUUAUUCAGAAACCUUACUUGAAUUAUCAUACUAUGCAGAGAAAAGACGUCAUUACUCACAAACCAUUUGGAAUUGAGGGAAACCAUCAAAAUACAAGAGGCUUUAGAAGAACUUUUAAGACCAACUUUAGAGGUGGCAUGUUUCAGCCCCAGUAUAAAUCAGGCCUAGUACAGAAGAGCUUGUGCAUUCAGGCUAAAUAUCAGCGUUUACGGUUUGCUGGUCCAAGCGGAUUUAUCACUAAUAAAUUCAGAGAAAGAUUACUGAGGAAAAAAAAGGUGCUGCUUCUCUUCCUGUCUCAUAUGGCAAGUUUCUUUGCAGCAGAUCUUCUAGGCAUUCAUCCCCAGUCACAGGUGGCAGCCUGGCUGUUCUCAGGGAAGCUGGUCAUUGAUCCCCACUCGAGGAGGAAGGGUGAGGCAAGCCUUUUCCUCAACUGCAAGGUUGGGUUUCAGAUGAUUUGGGGCUCCUGAGUGCUUACUUGACUGUCUGCCUCAGCCUGCAGUUUCUGUAUGCUCAUUGAACUUGCUCCAUUUCCUCAUCCUUUUCUUUGCCUCAGCUUGCCCCAUUCCUGCUGGCCGCCCAGUUCUUCCAGACCACAUUGCCCGCCAGCCUCACUUAACAACCAGUAGAAACCAGACAUCAAGCCUUCAUCUUAGGACAUAACAAGUGUGUCCUAGAAAGAGCCACAACCUGCUAUGGGUCUCCAGGCUUCAGGGCCUAGGCUUUUUGUGUCAUCUAGAAUGUAGCAGUUGCUGUUAGGUUCCUGGGCAGAUCACAGCCUCGCCUUCCUCUUGCCUUUUGCUGCCAACUGAGAGCUUUAGAAGUCGUCGCCACACGCUAGAUUUUUAAAGAGCCAGUGUCUACUACUCUUUUUCUUGGGCCUACCAUUCUGGAUGCUGCUUCCUAGAUGUUCGUGUUGUAGCUACUUUGACAUGAGCUUUUCCAGCCUGGCUACGUUCAGUACCUGCAAGCAAGGCAUAGCCAGGCUUUGUAUAGAUUUGUGUUUGAACUAGGCCCACCUCUAUGAGCAUGGCGUGAAAUCAGGCACCCUACUAUUAGCACCCUUCUGAACAGUUGGGCUCCACACUCUCCUAACCUUUAGGGAAAGGAAUGAGGCAUCACAUCUGCUCUGUUUCUGCCAAGGUCUGAACUCAGGUACUUUUUAAAAUCUUAUUAGUUAUCUAUUUCAUACAUAUUAGUGUAUCCAUGUCAAUCCCAGUCUCCCAAUUCAUCCCACCACCCCAUCACUACCACUCUCCCCCCUUGGUGUCCAUACGUUUGUUCUCUACAUCUGUGUCUCAAUUUCUGCCCUGCAAACCGUGAACUAAGGUACUUACAGCUUACUUGGCCUUAGAGCUGUCCUAGUAGUAUUGUGCUACCCUGGAAUCCCAUUCCAUAUGUACAGACUGACAAUUUAGACCUAUUACUCCAUUUUACCUUGGCUUUCAUGCCCUAAAGAAAAGAAGUGAAGGCCUGGAAUCUUUGGUUUCUUCCAGUGUUGCCUCAUCCCAAGCUUUAGCAUUGGGGGGGAACUUUGAAGGUCCUGCCCUGGAGAGAAGUCUUAGUCCAGGCAGCAUCUGUACCCUGCUUUGGCUUUUUGUCCUACUAAGGAGUUGAUUGUUUUCAUUAUUAGACCACCAACUAGAUUAAGGAUGCAUGGUUAAUUAAUUAAUCUAGGUGUCCUGGAACUUCUUGAACCUGAAAUUAGAUAUGAACCUAUGUAUUUCCACAUGCCUCAAAGUCCACCAGGAAAGUUUAGACUGGUCUUGUCUGGAUUCCUCACUCCCCCACCAUAUUGAAAUGUCUGGGCUGAUCAGUCAUGGCUUGAAUUUCUUAUAAUGUUCAUCUAUAAUAUAGUCUGGUUACUGUGCCAUCAGACAUGUGCUUCUUGUGUCCAGUGCCAAACAGCUUCCGGGAAGAGUUGGGGAGAUCCUAGAUGUGCUCCUGAUGUGUCCUCUUGUCCACUUACCAGAAUAAUCGUGGCCUCCCUAGAACUGAAUUAGCUCCCCAGCUGCCUACAAUGGAGUAAGAUUCCCAAGCAGUAUUAGUAAAGUACAGAACUAAAAUGCUUCCUCCUCAUUCAUCAUGCACUUGUCAUAUUAACCCCAUUCUGGUGCCCAAAUUCCAUUUUAUUAUGUUUCCUUUCUCUUGGAUUCUGUGCUUGGGGUGGAAGAUGAGGAGAUGGGAGAAAUGUCUCUUACCCCCUGGAAAGAAGCUUGUCUUUUAUCCACUGUCAUUCACAAGCGCCCCCAUGAAAUAUUCUCUGCUCAUCAUAGAAGGUUUUCAGAAACUCUUGAGGGUCUGACUAUGUACCAGACUAGGAUGGAGAACCUAUUCAGAAUUCGUGAAGCCCCCACUGGGAACAUUGCCUCUGAAAAACUUUUAGCAAUUGUAUGUUUGGUCAGGAAAACAUGGAGUUCCUCAGCAUCCUAGACUCUCCAGUAGUCCCCUGGUACCUGUCAGCUCGGUGCCUACCAGAGCUCUGCCCCUGCAUAGAAAGGGGGGAAGGAGAGAGCAGAAAGACACUGUGAGAAGGAAGUUAGAGACUGGGAUUCAUGGCUUUUGGGGUUGAAAAAAACCAUUAAAGACAUGGGGUACAAAGAUAGAACAGGAACCAAGAUCAGAUGAAUCAGCAAGAACCUGUUAUACUGCUGCUGUGUUCCUCGAGCUGAAGGAUGCUGGGGCACAAAAGAAGUGAUUAUUGUGAUGGUUGCACAACUCUGUGAAUGCACUAAAAACCAUUGAGUUGUACACUUUAAAUGGGUGAACUGUAUGGUAUGUGGAUUAUAUCUCAGUAAAGCUGUUAAAAAUAAAAUAGCCCUUGCUCUCCUCCCCAGACCACUGAUAUCUCCUCAGGGUCUGUAGCUCUCACAGCUAGCCAGCCAAGCUAGAAACUUGUCAUACUAACCCUCCCAGUUUUCCUUCUGACUGCGAUUAUCACAGGUGUUCUUAUUUGUAUCACUCAUCCAUUGCUCCAUCCAAUUCAUUCAUUUUAAUAGCCGCAUAUCAUUCCACUCUAUGGAUGUCUUAUUUAUUUCAGUGCUUUUCAAACCUCUUUUGCUUACAUACCCUAAAAUUAUGAAAAAUUAUCUACCUCCUUGUACAUUUUUAGGUUGGUAUCUAAUACUUUUUAAUCAUAAGUUUAACUUGUUAUAAAGGAUAGAAUUUCUGGCAUAUUUUAAAUAGAGAGUCUUAAAUAAAACUGUUACAUCAUUGUUUUAAAUCUCUUCAGUGAACCUGCACACCACAGGAAUUUGGUAACUAACAUCCAUUUUUUAAAGCAUGCAGACGAGCUCUUUUAACAAGUGGGAAAUAUUACAUCAUUCUUUUUUUUGCCUUGAAUUUGGAUUCCAUUCUGUUUGCCCCAUAGACUUUUUUUUUUUCUUUCUUUCUUGCGGUACGCGGGCCUCUCACUGUUGUGGCCUCUCCCGUUGUGGAGCACAGGCUCCGGACGCGCAGGCUCAGCGGCCACGGCUCACGGGCCCAGCCGCUCCGCGGCAUGUGGGAUCUUCUCGGACCGGGGCACGAACCCGUGUCCCCUGCAUCGGCAGGCGGACUCUCAACCACUGCGCCACCAGGGAAGCCCUGCCCCAUAGACUUUUAUUUUUGAAAGUCUUUUAUUGCUCACCAAAUCAAAUUUGACACAUAAUAUUAAUAGAUUUCUGUGACUCUUAGGUGUUAAAUAUUUCCUCUGGAUUGAAUGACCAUUACAGUUGAUCAAAAUAACGUAAAUGUAUUACAGAUUUUGUUAAGUAUUGAUCAGACAAAAGUUUUAUUGGAAAUGCAUUUCUCUUUUCAAUUAGUUUGGGUAGUCAUAGAUAAAUAUUACUUAUUAGCAAUAGAAUUAUAGUGUUCAAUUAUCAAUUCCAUUUUUUCUUUUUAUAAAUGUAAGUCCUGAGAAACCUUGUUUAUCUGAUUGUAUAGACUGGAAUGAAAGAACUUUUAUUAUAGCAAUGCCACUCCGUUCUUUGGACUCACACUGAAUUAUAGGCCAAAAAGUCACUUAGUGAUCUAGCCUCAAAAAGUAUUUUGAAUGUUCUUUUACUGACAGCUUGAUUUUGUCCUCCUACAAUUAAACGAAAGCAAAGAAAUGGAAAGCAUCCGACUUGCAGAAGUAUGCUGUUUAUUACUAGCUGCUAGGGUUGGUUCACUUUCUUGGCACCAUCACCAGUAUUUCCAAUUUCCCCCUCUUUUGGGGGGGUUCCCCAGGUAAUGCAAAGUACUAAGAUUCAGGAUGAGAAGGUGUAUCUUCCUAGUAUAAAAGUGGGAGGUAGGGAAUCAGCCUUAACCGAUUGUACAGGCAGGUUAUUUUGGAAAGCAAACAUUGAGAAUUUGAAGAUCUGGCAAUUGAUUCCCUCCAAACUGUCUGUACCCACAUACCCACUGGAAAGUCUUCAUAUACCCCUAAGGGUAUGUGUAACCCAGUUUGAUGAUUACUGACUUACUUAACCAAGCGUCUGUUCAUGACUUCAGGAUAGUUUACAGGUUUUCAUUAUUUCUGUUAAACCACUGUGCACACUGACAUUUUGGUACCUUGCCAUAGCUCCCUUUUUACUCAUUUUUGUUCUUGCCAGAAGUACAUGAAAGUUCCUGUUUGCCUGCACCCUAGCCAGCACUCCACAUUAUUAAUCUUUAUUAUCUGUUGUCAGUUUAAUAGCAGGAGGUAGUUCUCAUUUGCCUUUCUUCAGUUAUUAAUGAUGUGAACAUAUUUUUUAUAUGUUAUUUGUCAUUUGUAUUUCUUCCCUCAAUUUCCUUAGUUCUGUGUUUUACCAGUGUUUCUGUUGAGGGUUGGUACUUUUUCUUACUGAUUUUUAAGAGCUCUUGAUUUACUGAGGGUAUUAACCUAUCAUAUAUUUUGCUCCUAUUUAUUUCAUGUUAGUUGGCUGUUUAUGGUGGCUUUUACAUUACAGAACUUGUAAAUUUUCAUGAACCUGUCAGGUUAAUCCUAUAUGGCUUUUAGAUUUCAUAUCAUGUUUAUGCUUAUAAAAAUUCCUUACUGUGUUUCCUUUAAAUGGUUUUAUGGUUACUUUUUUCAACAUAUAAAUACUUGUUCCUUUUAGAAUUUGUUUUUACGAUACAAUAUAAGGGCAGGAUCUGAUUUUUUUCCCAGUAGAUAGUCAAUUUUUCUAAAACUGCUUGUUGAGUAAUUUGUCCUUUCCCCACUGAUUGAAAAUGCCACCUUUACUGUAUGCUACAUUCUUAGGUAUUCCUGGUCUGUUGGGGGAAUCUUCAGAGCCUCUAACUUGCUCCCUUGCCUCCUGUGAUUUGCUUAUUCCGUCCCUUCACAAGUAACACAGUUAUUGUCCCAAAACACAGUCUGAGUCAUAUCACUCUUGUGCAGACACCUUCCAAGGAUUCUGUUGCCUAUAAAAAAAGAGACCAGACUUGUUAGCCAGGUCCAGCCCUAAGCUGCCUUUCUAACCACAUUUUUCCAUGCACCACCCUCUGUUUUUUGGAGCAUAAUAUAUGUUUUCAUGUAUUUUUUAAAAAAUUAUUUCUUUUAUUUUUGGCUGCAUUGGAUCUCCGUUGCUGCGCGCAGGCUUUCUCUAGUUGUGGUGAGCGGGGGUAUUCUUCGUUGCAGUGCGCGGGCUUCUCAUUGCAGUGGCUUCUCUUGUUGCGGAGCACGGGCUCUAGGUGCACAGGCUUCAGUAGUUGUGGCACAUGGGCUCAGUAGCUGUGGCUCGCAGGCUCUAGAGCGCAGGCUCAGUAGUUGUGGCGCACGGGCUUAGUUGCUCCGUGGCAUGUGGGACCUUCCCAGACCAGGGCUCGAACCCGUGUCCCCUGCAUUGACAGGCGGAUUCUUAACCACUGCGCCACCACGGAAGCCCGUUUUCAUGUAUUUCUGUCUUUGUUCCUGACGUUCUCUUGGCUAGAGAUAGCCUCCUGAUCCCCAUUCUUUUCUUAUUAAACCCUGCUUUCCUUUUAUGAUCCACUGUAAAGCCUUACCAAAGCCCUCUCUUUAGCUCUUGUUUCAUUUGGUCUCUAACUGUUGCUGUUUACCUUCCUAUUUCCCCAAAUAGUUGAUCAACUCCUUGAGGACAGAGGGUACCUUAUUAGCGUCAUGUCUCCCCGUAUUACCUUUCAUAUAGUCUGUCUUUAAAAAUGCUUGUUGAAUGGAAUCUAAUCUAAUCAUACACACACACACACCCCCAUCCAUAGCUCUAAAAAGUUAGUGAACAGCAGCAAUUGUGUCAGGGGUCCCCAAGACCACCCCGGGUUCAGUGAUUCGCUAGGAGGACUCAGAGGACUCAGCAUGUGGUGGCGCUCGUAGCUGAGAUGUUCCAGCGGAAGGCUGCACAGCACAAUCCGCACGGGGGAUUGGCACACGGGCGAGUCCAGAGGACACCAGGUGCAGGUUUCCAAGAGUCCCCUCCCAGUGGAGUCACACAGGAUGUGCCUGAGUCCCCCAGCAACGAGCUGCGACAACACGCGUGAAAUGUUGCCAACCGGGGAGCGUCGUUAGAGACUCAGCGCCCAGCGCUGGUCACGUAGGCACCCCCUGCCAGGCACGUACCACAUUCCAGACUCAGAGCAAGAAAGCAGGUGUUCAGCAUAGACCAUGUUGUUUGCACAAUUUAUGCACUCAUCAGUGGUGGGAACCCUCCUGAAAUCUAAGUUCUUAGAUGCCAGCCAAGGGCCCAACCUUAUAAUCAGGACUUUUAAACAAUAGCGGUCAGGUAUGCUAUAUUAACUCUUUUCUGCACAGCCAUAUUUUUGAAGAGCUUAUUUUCACAGAUGGUAAGUGCCUAGAGAGAGGUGGAAAGGAUCAGUGUGUUAGAAAUGGUCAGGGAAUGUAUGCUAAGUACUGUGAUUUCUACUCUCUUCACCAAAGAGGUAGGUUGUAAGCUGAGUCAUGGAGAGCAGGACUUAGAAUGGGCUACAGCCAAAGAUCCAUUUUUGGGAGUAGAAUGUGGAGUUGGGUAGAGACAGGGGUAUGCAAAUUACAGAGGACCUCGAAAUCUGGGUAGAAUAUAGAGGAUGUGAUGUGGUGACAGUAGGACAUCUUCCUGGACUGAGAAGGAGAAAGUGGUGUUUGAGGCUGAUGGCUGGGUGAGCAGGUUCUGGGAGGAGGCGAGGUGCAGGAAGAUCAACAAGGAAACGGUUGACUCAAGUGUCAAGUUAUGAAAACCUAGAGGAGGGUGAUGCUCGUAUGUCUAGUUCAGCAUUCUGCUUAAAAUAGGUUUUCAAAUAAUUGGAAGAAUGCAGGGAUCAAUCCGAGAGGUAGUGUAGAAGAAGCCAUGUCAAGGGUGAAUGUGAUGAAUAAUUCCACAUUUUUAUAAACAAGAUAUUUCCGUUGAAAAAGUUUUUCAGAAUUAUUAUAGUUAGCGUUUCCUUUUACAGUUGUUAGUAGGCAACAGAUAUUUUAUUUGAAGAUCAAUGUAAAUGAUGUUUAUAUUAUAUAAUGAGUAAAGAAAUAGGAUACAAUGUAUUCUGGCUCUGUUUAAAGGAAUAAUGUUGACAAAAAUAUAUAUGCAUGUAUUUUGAACAUUUCAUUAACCAAAAUAGAAAGAAGAAUUUUCUAUCAGUACUGUUUUUGUUUGGAAUUAAACAUUUCCAUACUAAUAUAAGUGCCAAAAAAUAAAUCAACUUUUAAAUUU